AUGACAUACACGGACCUGCCAAACCAGCUUGUGCCCGUGCAAGUUGGCGACAAGGACUUGUUCAAGACGACAGACGCGGAGCGCCCCCUGUCGCACCCCCUGGGCGCGCAGAAUGAGAUUGACAGCGAGGUCACUGUUGAAGAAGGCGGCAACCGGCGCCAAACCGUAUCGACCGGUGUCGAGCUGGGGCUCGUCAUCUUCGACGGGCCGGUCUCGAUACCGGUCGUUAUGAUUUGGCCCAGGCCCUCGCCUUCCUCAACAGCGGCCUGCAUCCAACUUGACAGCCUGACAUGCCCUGCCGCUUCGGGUCUCGGAGCGGUACCUGGCCGGGAGGAUGACCGGAUGGACGAGGCCUUCCUCACCCCGACAUAA